GAGAAGUCCCUCUCCUUCGCCAUUGAGGUGACUCUUUAUCUCUUUUUCUAUGAAGGAAGCGUCAUGCAUACAGGCCAAAUGACUGCCAAUAAAUUAUUAUGAAGUUUAGUUGUUUUUGAUUUUUUAGAGAGAGAAUGAUAAAUCUUGUAUCAGUUGCAGUCUGAGCAUAAUAUAGAUCGAGAAGGAAGAAAUGGGAAGGUUGGCGUGUCUAGUGGAGGUCAGGCAUCGAUUGGCUAGAAGUCUUUCUGAUGCAAGCCAAAGGACUUCCCCCAAAUUUAGUAGCUUCAGAGAAACUGCAAAGUUGAUCAAUUUUAAUCAAGAAAGGAUCACAGGCAGCAAGAUCCGAUGGUUCAAGUACCUCAUUGUAUUGGCUGUGUUUGGAACCUUACUAAAAGUUCUUCAUUCUCCAACAGAAAAUCAUCAUACAAAUUCCUCCACUCCUCUUAUUUGGUCAAGUUUCACAGGCGUUAGAUGGAUGUGGAAUAAGGCAAAUAUUGAUCCAAGAUAUGCAUCAAACGUUGACAUUAAAUGGUCUGAAAUACAACAAGCAAUGACCAAAAUGGAUGCGAAACAAAAUUUGAAGAUUGCUUUGUUGAAUUUUAACAACACAGAAAUCAUUCACUGGCAAAAGCUAUUGCCAGGUGCUAAAAUUUCCAAUGUUAAGCUAGAAAAAGCAGAAAAAAAUUUAACUUGGGAUGACCUCUAUCCCGAAUGGAUUGAUGAGGAAGAAGAAUCAGAAGUUCCUUUUUGCAGGAGUCUUCCCAAUCCUGAGGUCCCAAAAGAAUCAAAAUUUGGACUUGUUGCAGUGAAGCUUCCAUGCAAUAAGACUGGUAACUGGACAAGGGAUAUAGCACGGUUGCAUUUGCAGCUUGCAGCCGCAAAAAUUUCUUCAUAUUCAAAGGGAGGGCAUGAGUCGGCCCACGUUCUUGUUGUCUCAGACUGCCUUCCAAUACCAAACCUAUUUCCAUGCAGGCUACUUGUUACUAGAAAGGGGAAUGCUUGGUUAUACAAGCCUAACUUGCAGGUUUUAAGGCACAAACUCGAGCUUCCGAUCGGUUCAUGUGAACUAUCACUUCCACUUAAAGAGGCAGUAAGAUCAUAUUCCAACAAUGCCCGGAGAGAAGCUUAUGCUACAAUUCUACACUCAGUAGACGUAUAUGUGUGUGGCGCCAUCACUGCAGCUCAAAGCAUUCGUCUAACAGGCUCAACCAGAGACCUGGUCAUCCUCGUCGAUGAAACAAUCAGCAACCACUACAAAAAUGGGCUUGAAGCCGCAGGUUGGAAGAUAAAAAAGAUCAAAAGAAUAAGAAACCCAAAAGCAGAGAAGGAUGCUUACAACGAAUGGAAUUACAGCAAAUUCCGGCUAUGGCAGCUCAUUGAAUAUGACAAAGUUAUCUUCAUCGACGCCGACCUUCUCGUCCUUAGAAACAUCGACUUCCUCUUCACCAUGCCGGAGAUCAGCGCUUCAGGCAACAACGGAACUUUGUUUAACUCAGGCGUCAUGGUGAUUGAGCCCUCCAUCUGCACUUUCAAGCUGCUAAUGGAGAAUAUCAAUGAAAUAAAAUCAUAUAAUGGUGGUGAUCAGGGAUAUUUGAAUGAGAUCUUUACCUGGUGGCAUAGAAUCCCGAGGCACAUGAAUUUCCUGAAGCAUUUUUGGAUUGGUGAUGAGGAGGAGAAGAAAGCCAUGAAAACUCGAUUGUUUGGCGCUGAGCCCCCUGUUCUCUAUUUGCUUCAUUACUUGGGGCUGAAGCCAUGGCUGUGCUUCAGAGACUACGACUGUAACUGGAAUGUGGAUUUCAUGCAAGAGUUUGCCAGUGAUGUGGCGCAUAAAAGGUGGUGGAAAGUUUAUGAUUUGAUGCCCAAAAAGCUUCAAAAAUACUGUCUUUUGAGCACCCAUAGGAAGGCGGCUUUGGAGUGGGAUAGAAGACGAGCGGAGAGGGAGAAUUACUUGGACGGACAUUGGAGGAGGAAUGUGAGUGAUCCAAGACUGCAUAUCUGUAAGGGAAAUUACUGUGACUGGAAGACAAUGCUGCUCAACUGGAAAGAUAGAAGCUAUCACAUUCGCGGACCAGCACCCAAACAACCAGAGAAAAAACUAACUGGCCUCUGAUCUCUGCUUCUGUUCUCACUUUAUUUGGGUAAUCUGGAUGGUUUGUAUAAACAACAAGAUAUUCAUAUCAAGACAAUUUUUUUGUUCUUUACAAAAUAUAAUAUGGUACUAUAAUGAUUUGAAAAGGGAAGCAUCAUUUGUUACAGGCCAUUAUUCAAAGGGUUAUUUUAAUAUAAGAUAAAUUAGCUCACGCUCUUGUUGAUUUAGAGA